AUGCCUAACAAUGAAACUACAGAUGGAAACAUAACCUUACUUCGGCAAUCGGGUAAUGGAGAAUACCAAAAUACGAUUAAUAAUUCAUUACUUGCAACUCCAAACAGAACAACGGAGUUGAAUGAGAGCGUUACACUACCAUCGUACACAAUCCCGCCAGUUCCAUUCUCAUGCCGUGAAGAAGAGACACCAGCCAAUAUUGGGCCCUACGAAGUGCCUACGCAAAAAGAUGUGGUACUUCAUAUACGGGACCAUCUCUUAGCCAUGUACCGUGGUUUCCAUGCUAAGGCCUUGUAUUUUCUUAAAGAUGUAAAAGAGGCAACACGCGCAUCCUGGUCUCGCAAGAUGCUCUGCCGCGGUCCCACCGAGCUGAUGCACUACAGACGCUGUGUCCGCUGGGUCGCAGACCUGAGCGUGCUCACCACCAAGAGCCUGGUCACCGCUUUGGAGACCGCACGGCAUCACAUCAGCACCCUCAUGCAGGGAAAAAUCUGCAAUAUUUCGGCCCUGAGGAUCGACCCGAUCCACCUGAUUAGGAUUCUAGCCGCGGAGAAGGUCUCCCUGGAAUUUGCGCUGCCCGACUUUCUCAGGCAACUGGAUGCUUGCUCAAGGCAUUGUCCGGGGACCCGACUGAAGAUUCCGUAUGGAUAUCUAAGCAAUGCGCAGUUAACGGAUGAAAACUUCGUAAUAAGACAUUAUUUAACACAACAGAAUUUUAAUCAACAGCUCAAACAACAAUACAACAUUUAAAUUAAAUUUAAAAUGAACGCGUCCGUUUUGAACGCACCUCUAACUAUGAAUCGAGCUUUCACAGAUAGUACGCAUUCCGCAAACUAGAUGGCGCCACUAUGUAUGAACUUUUGACGUGAACUUGACUGAAAGUUUUUAGAAUAACUUAACCAAAAUACUUAGCUAAGCUUUUAGCGGAAUGUGCAUAGUGUUUGUCGUGGGAAGUGAACAAAAACUAUAAUUAAAUUAUAAUACAAUGCAUGAGAAGUGUU